UAAAACAAUUUACCUUAGGAGAUGUUAACUUGAUUUGAACUAAUUGGAAACAAAGAUCAAUAUGGAAGAGGAGGUGCGGUCAGAGAAAAGACGACACAAAACAAGCGAGUCAGAUACCCCACCAGAAUAUAAGAAGCACGUAAAUACCAACCCAUCCCAUCCAUCAACCAACAUCUCAGUUUCACAUUUAGGGGACGAAUGCGCGCCACCAACAGAAAUAGCUGACAAUGAGAACUCUGCAAACCGGCGGGCCCUUGAAUCAGACGACCAGCUGCCGCACACUGGACCGGAGGACCCUAACCGACCCUCCCGCGGCUACGAAUACUGUGAUCACACCGCAGAUAUCCAGGUGCAUUCCUGGGGAGUAAACCUCAAGGAGGCAUUCGAGGAAUGCUGCGUGGGAAUGUUUGGGUAUAUUACAGAUCUCACAACUGUUGAACCUAAAGAUACCUUCACUUUGGAGGCUGAGGGGCAUGACAUGGACACCUUACUGUUCCAUUUCUUAGAUGAGUGGUUGUACGCGUUCAGUGCUGAACCUUACUUCACCCCUAACGAGAUCAAUAUCCUUGAGUUUGACGAGGCGAAUUUUAAAAUAAAGUGUGAGGGGUACGGUGAGCCGUUUGAUCUUCAGAAGCACCCCCAGGGGACGGAAGUGAAAGCUAUAACUUAUAGUGCUAUGCAGAUUAAACAACAUGAUAAGGGUUGCGAAGUGUACGUUAUUGUGGAUAUUUAACAUAUUUAACAUAUUUAAGAUAUUUUUUAAGGUGGUGUUUUGUUAGCUCGGGACUUGGGUUAGCGACAGUUUUAUGUUGUAGGUUUAUAACCUACCAGGACGCGCGCCGAGUUGGACUCGUUGGAACAAAUAUUUUACGAGUAUCACCCGUUAAGUUUUAUGUAGCAGGCAGAUUCAGAAGCACUGAAGCAGGUUAUAUUACCAGUCCACAAAAUAAAAUUACUUAAUAUCGUACAUAAAUUAUACAGAAGUUCAUUGCACUUUUUUAUGUUACUGUAUCUUGAUUAUUAUUAUUUGAUAAAUAAUUACUAUUUGUGGCGACUCGUUUCUUUCUUAGAUGAUUUUUAUUAUUUUACGCAGAUUUUAGUGGACUUCACAUGAAUUGGUUGAAUCAAUUUUUAGAAUUGUGUUGAAGUUUAUUUCUGUAAUUGUUUGUGAUAUAUGCUAGUUUUACUUACAUUUCU